AUGGCGAGAAGGAAAGAGGUUUCUACGAGCAACAAAGAAACGCAACAGCAGGAAGAGGAACAACAAAGACGAAAAGAAGAACAGCAACGAGAAGAAGAUGAACAACAGCAACAACAAGAACAACAGUUCCGAUUAAAGGAAGAAAAAGAAAAGGUAGAACAACAGCAAUUCGAGGAGCAAGAAAGACAAAUACAACAGCAACAGCAACAAGAAGAGCAAAAACAAGAUCAAGAAAAACAGCAGCAACAACAACAACAGCAACAAAAUGUCAACCCGGUGGAAGGAGUACAUGGUGGUCUCUACAUACGAUUAGUUCUCAGACGAGAAGGCCGGACGGACUUGGUUUGGCUAUAUAAAACGCACAUGUUCUAA